AUGCCCUCUUGGAUGAUGGAGGCCUCGCCCUUGGGAGAAGGCAACACCUUCCUCUUCAAAGAGAAGCCUCUCCACUUCCUGGGGCGGCUGAUGGGGCACCUCACCCUGUCCUGUGCCGAGACGGACCAGGAGAUCAGCUGCGGGGCUGUGGAGGCGCUGCGUGCCUUCCACAGGUUCAUCCUGGUGCGACAGAGCCGCCUGGCAGCACGUGAGGAUCCAAAGCUACGAGUGGAGCGGGAAAGCGCUAGCACCCUCUGGCCCAAGGGGCCUGCUGACGAGGCAACGGUAACGAGCGCCUCCCUUGCUCUGGGGGUCUUGGCCGUGGGGCUGGCGGGAGACUCGGAUGAACCAGUGCGUCAGCCAUCGGGGGGGACGCACGGCCUCCCGCCGAUCGAGCUGCGGGGUCCCACCACCUCUCCGCAGGGAGUAGCCAAAGGCUUUAGCCCAGCGUCAGCGCAGCAGCUCCGGCCAUCCUGGCCACCGAUAUUUGGGAGCUGCCUCCUCCCCACGGAGAGGCGCGACUUCCUCCUCACGGUCUUGAGGAGCAUGGCGCACCCGAGGGUCUCUGACACCCAGCCGAUUGCCAACAUGCUGGAGGUGGCCUUGAGAGGCUCGUGCUCAGAGCUUACCGAGCUUGUGGAGGACAGCAGCAGAGCAGAGGACUACCUGCACCAGAGCCUGCCGUACCUGCAGAGCCCACUGGAGCCCCUGCGCGAGGCAGCCGUCAGGUUCAUUGGGCUCGUCGGGCGGCAGCUGAGGGACGGGGGCCAGGAGAAGCUCCAGGUCAUCUACGACGCUCUCAGCAUCCAGUACUUUGCAAAUCUCUCCGAGUCCUUCCAUGGUUUUUAUAAAAGCAUCUACAGGACCCAGGAAGGAGAACUCAGAGUGCUUGCAGCAACACAGUUUGAGCCGACAGCCGCGCGAAUGGCCUUCCCAUGUUUCGACGAACCCGCCUUCAAAGCCAGGUUUUCAAUUACCAUUAGGAGGGAACCAAAGCACCUUGCGCUGUCCAAUAUGCCAGUUGUGAAGUCUGUGACUAUAACACCCUGCCUUGUUGAGGACCAUUUUGAUACCACCGUCAAGAUGAGUACAUACCUUGUGGCCUUUAUCGUUUCGGAUUUUAAAUCCAUCAGCAAAAUAACCAGUCAUGGAGUUAAGAUUUCUGUGUACACAGUGCCAGACAAGAUCAACCAAGCUCAUUAUGCGUUGGAUGCGGCAGUGAAACUUCUAGACUUCUACGAGGAUUACUUCAGCAUUCCAUAUCCUCUACCUAAACAAGAUUUGGCAGCUAUUCCCGAUUUUCAGUCUGGUGCUAUGGAAAACUGGGGACUGACCACAUACCGGGAAUCUGCAUUGUUGUAUGACCCUGAGAAGUCCUCAGCAUCUUCUAAACUUUGGGUUACUAUGACAAUAGCCCAUGAGCUGGCUCAUCAGUGGUUUGGCAACCUCGUUACCAUGGAGUGGUGGGAUGAUCUGUGGUUAAAUGAAGGGUUUGCAAUGUUCAUGGAGUUCGUGUCAGUCAGCGUUACCCAUCCAGAACUGAGAGUUGAAGACUAUUUCUUAAGGAGAUGUUUUGAUGCCAUUGAAGUGGAUUCAUUAAAUUCAUCACAUCCUAUAUCUACUCCUGUGGAAGAUCCAGCUCAAAUUUUAGAAAUGUUUGAUAAUGUUUCUUAUAAGAAGGGAUCUUGUAUAUUAAAUAUGCUGAGGGACUACCUGACUGCUGAUGUGUUGAAAGCUGGACUUGUGCAGUACCUGCAGAAAUACAGCUAUCAGAAUACAAAAAAUGAAGAUUUGUGGAACAUUAUGACAAAUAUUUGCCCUACAGUAGGUAGUGAUAAAAAUGAGCUACAAGGUGAUGGUUUUUGCAGAAGCCAACAGUCAUCUUCAAAUGCACACUGGACUAAAGGAGAGACUCUUGAUGUAAGGGCAAUGAUGGACACUUGGACACUGCAAAAAGGUUUUCCCCUGGUAACUGUCACGGUGAGAGGGAAGAAUGUCCACCUGCAGCAGGAGCGCUACAUGAAGGGAGUGAAUUCUCCUUCAUCCACAGGGUACUUGUGGCACAUUCCACUAACCUACAUUACCAGUAAAUCUGACACUGUUCAGAGAUUUUUGAUGACAACUAAAGCAGAUGUCAUUAUUCUUCCGGAAGAGGUGGAGUGGGUUAAAUUCAAUGUGGAUAUGAAUGGGUAUUACAUUGUGCACUAUGAAGAUGACGGAUGGGAUCGUCUGAUUAACGUUUUGAAAGAGAACCAUACGAUGAUUAGCAGCAAUGACAGAGCAAGUCUCAUCAACAACGUAUUCCAGCUUGUGAGCAUCAACAAAUUGUCAAUUUCCAAAGCUUUUGAUUUAACUUUGUACCUGAAACAUGAAAGACAAAUCAUGCCUGUACUCCAAGGUAUGAAUGAGCUGAUUCCUAUAUACAGGCUCAUGGAGAGGAGGGAUAUGGAUGGUACAGCAAAACAGUUAAAGGAGUAUAUAAUCAAUCUAUUUAAAGACUUGAUUGACAGGCAGUCUUGGAGUGAUGAAGGCUCAGCAUCUGAGAGAUUGCUUAGGCACUCGCUCCUGCUGUUUGCGUGUGUGCACAGGUACCAGCCGUGCGUGGACAAAGCCAAAGGAUAUUUUACAGAAUGGCAAAAAUCCAAUGGAACCUUGAGCUUGCCAGCAGAUGUGAAGACAGCAGUGUAUGCUGUUGGAGCACAAACGUCCGAAGGCUGGGAUUUCCUCCUCAGUAAAUACAGACUGCAGUUGUUCAAUGUAGAGAGAGAGAACAUUGAAUUAGCUCUCAGCCUCAGCAGAAGUAAGGACAAACUUCAGUGGUUAAUGGAUCAAGGUCUGCGUGGUGACAUCGUAAGAACUCAGGAUCUUCCACAUAUUAUUGUAUUUGUUGCCAAAACCCCAUCUGGCUGUCAUCUAGCUUGGACGUUUUUAAAAGAAAAUUGGGAGAAAGUUGUAGAAAAAUUUGAACUCGGUUCCAAUUCUGUAGCAACCAUUGUCACUGGAGUGACAAGUCGGUACUCAACAAGGUCACAGCUUGCACAGGUGAAGGAAUUCUUCAGUUCUCUAGAGGAAAAAAGCGCACGGCUUCGCUGUGUCCAGCAAGCUGUUGAAACCAUUGAAGACAAUAUACAAUGGAUGGAUAGAAAUUUUGAGAAAGUCAAAACAUGGUUGCAAAACAACCAGCUGUAAAUUAAGGCACCUUGCUUGUAUUUGUCAGAAAUAACUGCAAAGCUGUGAAAAUUCAGGGCUGGAGGGACAGCUCAAUUGUAUAAAUUAGUUUCUCUGGAAGGAGCUGUAAGGCAGUCUAAUGCUGCUGCUCAGUAUUUUUCUCUCUCAUGGUUGUGGUUUGCUGGGAACAGAACUACACCAUUCAUUGAUCUCUUUCACCAGGUAACACUUUCAAGGGAAAAGGAACGUUGUACAGUGAACUAAGGUGUAGGGGAGGCUGACUACUAGAAACCUGAAACACAUUCCUUCUGAAAACUCAGACGGUACUGGGAGACAAACAACCAAGAGAAACUUUCCACCGGCAAAUGCUGACCCUUCCAGUACCGUUCCUACAAAGGUACAACU